CAUACCGGUUGACAAACAUUGACAGUUAUAAGACACAUUUCAUAUUUCGAGUGAAAAUGGGUCGAAAGCGAAAUCGAAAACAACUUCAAUGGCAAAAGCCUUCAUACAAUAAGUCACCCAGUCAAGACAGAAACAAUGUCCGAAAUGACCAACAAGUGCAUCUAGGGAGCAAACAAGAUUACUGCAGACGGGAUCUUUACAGGGAAAGUAUAUGUGAAGGAAAGGAUCACAACACAAGUGUGUUUGAAAAGGCAAGAAUGAAGGUGUCUGCCGUCUUUCCCGGGUGCAAUAUCAUUACAUGCUUCUCUGAUAUUACAAUUGAAAUAUUGCAUUUGAUACCACAUUAUCCACACUUAUUACCAGAACUGGUUUUACUGAGAACAGUAAAAGAUGAUUCGGUAUUGCUUGGCCGAAUACAAAGGGUUUCUGAAUCGAAUAAGAAGGUUUAUGUUCGGGACAUUAACGACAAAGAACUCUGCUUGAAGCUACUCUGUUUGUCUGGAAUAACAAGACCGGGACGCUUCGUCGCACUAAAAAACCCUACACUUACAAUAUUCCAAGAUGGCGAGUUUGGAUUUCUUACAAAUGAAACAGGAAGUGUUCAUUAUAUUGACGUUGAUGAUGACUACUUCAUUAAUGCAUUUAUAAUUUUUAUUUGUGUUUUGAUUGUUUGUUUUUUUAUUUUUUGAAAAUUGUUGGGGUGAAUAAAAAGUACGGAAUGUUUAACAUUUGUGUCUGAUAAAACCUCCAUUAAGUAUAAUGCUGAAGUACAAAUUAUCGGAAAAUAUGUACUGUACAAUAUUUGAGAAUAGUAACAGAUAAUGUAUUUGGCAAUAUACCACAUCUUCCCAUGAGUAUAUGAAUAUGGACAUGGACACAAACAUACAUCAUCAUAUUUGCACACUUUCAGAUACAUUUCUCUUUUUCUGCAAGUGCUAUCAUAUGAAAUGUGUUAAAGAAUACUACCAGAUGUUGAUUGUAACAAAAUCGCCACCAUAGUUAGCUUGAUUUCACUUUCUUUUUAUAGAUCUAAAAGGGUACUCGUCUAAGUUUCUCAACACUUAUCAAAAGGAUCAUGUUUAAAGGUUAACGAGGUAUUGUAACAAACAGUUUAAAUGUACAGAUGUUUCAAACAUUUUAGAAAAGAGAACAGAACGGGUGUCAAAAAGAAACAAAAGCAAACAAAAGAGCAGAAAACGUCGUAACAAUACAGAAACAUAUACGCAAUAAGU